GGAAGAUUUGUUCAGCUCACGCCAUUGCCAUCCGCCGUAGAGGAUGAAAACUUUCAGAAACUUUUCGCGUUCAUUUUAAGCUGCUUUCGGUACACAAGCUGUACCACCGACAGGAAUUACAUCUGACUGGAAAUAUUCGCUUCACAUGAGAGGAUUUACGGGUCGGGCUUGCUGAAAAACGCACACUGUCAUCGAAAUUGAAUAGGAAACUGAGGGGAAUUUACAUGCUAGUCAUAUUUUAAAGACUUCUCACUGACAUCAGACAACCAUGUCCGGGGGUAUCGGUAUAUAUGCGGUCAAGAAACGAAAAAAGCCCGUUCAGAAAAUCCCCAAACCACCACCACCCGAUGGCAUUAAAUCCAACCCCUCCAAACGACACAGGGAUCGGCUGAACAGUGAAUUGGACAAGCUGACCAACCUCCUGCCCUUCUCAGAGGACGUCCGUGCACGGCUGGACAAACUAUCGGUCCUUCGACUCAGUGUUGGAUACCUGAAGGUCAAGAGCUUCUUCAAUGCCACAAUAAAAAAGACAGGAGGAGUCGGAUGGCUCAGCGAGCGGUCUGGUACAUUUGGAGGAAAUGGACAGACAGCCACCAGUCUAGAUGGAGUCAGCUUCUCAGAGGGGGAGCUGUUGUUGCAGGCUCUCAAUGGCUUUGUGUUGGUGGUCACCGCUGAAGGUUACGUGUUUUACUCCUCUCCAACUAUACAGGACUACCUGGGCUUCCAUCAGUCGGAUGUGGUCCACCAGAGUGUAUUCGAGCUCAUUCACACAGACGAUCGUGCAAUUUUCCGAAGGCAACUACACUUCGCUCUCAACCCCACGUCAUGUGACGGCGAUGGCUCUGAUGGAAUGCAGAACAGCAGUGACAUCACCAGAGACAUGGUCAACUACAAUCCUCAACACAUCCCGCCAGAGAACUCCUCCUUCCUGGAACGGAGCUUCUGUUGCCGAUUCCGUUGUCUCCUUGACAAUUCGUCCGGCUUCUUGGCCCUGAAUUUCCAGGGGAGGCUGAAGUAUCUCCAUGGACAAAACAAGAUUGCGGAAGAUGGGACCAUAGCCCACCCCCAGCUUGCUCUUUUUGUUAUAGCCACACCCCUCCAGACACCCUCCAUCUUGGAGAUCCGGAGCAAGACUCUACUUUUCCAAACCAAACACAAGCUGGACUUCACACCCUUGGGGGUUGACACAAGAGGAAAGGUGGUUCUUGGCUAUACUGAGAUUGAAAUUUGUAUGAGAGGUUCUGGAUAUCAGUUCAUCCACGCUGCUGACAUGAUGUACUGUGCAGACAACCACAUUAGAAUGAUCAAGACAGGAGAGAGUGGUUUAACAGUCUUCAGACUCCUGUCUAAAGGGGGUACAUGGAUCUGGGUGCAGGCCAAUGCUAGGCUUGUUUAUAAAGGAGGAAGGCCAGAUUUCAUUAUUGCUCGACAGAGAGCACUAACUAAUGAGGAAGGUGAGGAACACCUUCGUCAAAGGAAGUUGCAGCUACCCUUCAACUGUGCCACCGGUGAGGGUGUCCUGUACGAAGUUGGCCCCACACUUGACAUCACAGACAUUCAAACUCAGAGUAAAGGCCAGAGGAUUCUCAAACCUCCAUCUCUGGACCCAGGAUCUCUUCUGGGAUGCAUGUUGAAGCAGGACCAUUCACUCUAUAACCAGAACAAUGACCCCAAUUCCCAGUUUACCCUGGACAGGGCUUUUGGGGAUAGCCACGCCCUGCUUAAUGUUCCUGGGAACACCUGGCAGCCAUCGGCCCCCAGUACGGUGGCUGGAAUCAAGGAGGAAGGUGUCAUAAAGGACAUGAUGGAAACCCUACAGCAGAUUAUUGGAGACAGCACUCUUUGCAACAGCCUUCAAGAGCAUGAUGUGGACAAUUUAGAGCUGAAGGAAUGGGAAAACACCUUGCUCAGAAUGAACUACAACAGCGAGAUGGAUUUCAAUGAAAUCAUCACCAACGACAUUCUCAACUAUGUUGAGGAUGCACUAUUUAAGGAAAAUGGCGUUCAGAUGCCUGAACAGCUAAAGGACCAGAGUGCAUUUGUUGAGAUGCCCGAGUGCCUACCAGAGAUGGAAUUACAAAACACCUUAGCUGCUAACCAGGGAUUCAACAGCCAGCCAGGGAAUCUCCUCACUGGCUCCCCAGGUCAGGGUGGGUUUAUUGGAAUGAGUAUUCAAGAGGAUGCCGGCAAUCCUGGAAGAGGGACGGCAAAGCUCACCCAUAUGGGGCCACAGAUAUCUGUUGGACAGCAGAUGCUAUCUGAAAAUACUUUCAUCCAGUCAUUCGGACCGGAUCAGACGCCCCAAAAGGUAGCCACCAAUAAUAACAUUCUGUUUAAUCCUCCUCUUGCCAUCCAGUGUAGUCAGCCCCAGACGGAAGUCCGGCUUGGUCUGCAAUCUCAGCAGCAGGUCCUACAUGGUGGCUUGCAACAGAAUGGAAUGAUACCAGCCCAGAGGAACCUACAGACUGGAAAUCAGCCCCUUCCGAACUUAACGACGCUCCCUCUUCAAAGCCCUUUUUUGCAGGGCAACGCAGCCCAGAAUUCCUUUCCACAACAUCAGCCAAUUAGUCAGAACCCUCAGUGGGUACCCAACAGCAACAAUAUGGUGAAUAAGCUGCUGGACACUUGCGGCCGUACUGUUUUAGUCGCACAAGAUGCCACAGGACUGCACUCUGCACCUACCGCACACCUACAAGGAGAGUUUUCUGUUCACACUCAAAAUGCUGCUUGGCCAACAUCCCAGUCUACCCCUCAACAGGUCCCUAAAUCACUGUCAAGUGGGCAUCAGAAUAUGACAGGGCUUUACGGCCAAAUAACAGACUUCCAAAGAGACCCACUUGGGCAGCUAAUGCCACAGACAAACACACAAGGAUUUGGGACAGGCUUCCUGCCCCAGACAACUGCUAACAAUGUCUAUCCUCAGCAAGGGGAGAUGAUCAACAGCGGGCCCCCUCAGACCACCAACAGCUGCAUGUUCGUAAACGCCCCUCAACCUACGGUCAACGGGAUGUGUUAUGGUUCUGCAGAUCCGGUAUCUUGCCAGAGGGGGAAAGGUCUGGUUACCCAGAGUCCUACACAGGCAUCCUGCUACUACCAGAGAGGCCCUAGCGAGUCAGUCGUGGGCACAACGGUCAUCCCACAAGAGGAUACCAACAUCAGCCCCAUAGCCUGCCAGGUCUCAUUGGGGUUGACUCCAGAAAGCAUACUUGAUCAGCAGUAUCUCUCUUGCAAUGGCCAGACGCAGAUCGCAAACCAUCCACUGGAGGAGAAAGGAACGUUCCACUUUCCCUCGCUGGCCAACGGAACCACGUACUUUUCCCAGAACAACCAAAGCAAUUGUUAUGACUAUUAAGAGACCUAUCUCACCCGUUGCAGUGACUGCCACGUCAAUGGUCUGACAAGCAGUACCUGUCUUAAAAAAUAGUAUGCACGCAUAAAUACCGCAACUUUUUCGUCCCUUGAGAGAGAGAUGCCUUAACGCUUCUGAUGAGGCUCUUGGCUUAAAACCUACGAGAUAUUAAGUAUCUUUAAGAGGCACACGAGAAAUGAGCAGUGGCAAAAUGGAAAUAUACAUUUUUUUAACGCAUGCUCUUCGUCCCUGAUAGAUCUUUUUUUUUUAUUUUUUUUUUAUCAUCAUUCUGGCAAGGAAAAAAGUGCAAAAGAGAGCAUGAUGGCAAGGAGAGGUGCAUGAGCAAGUGCAUAUGUGUGUGUGUUUAUAGUGGAGAAGCCUAGAGUUCAUUUAUGAAGUAUGCAGAAGGAACGGUGGAACCUUUUAAUUGCAGCAAUGAUAUUUCUGUGAAAUCAGUACAAGGUGCACACAAGAUGCCAUUUCGACUCUAAAGGGAAACCCUCUUAUUUUGCUACCGAUCUACUCAAGAAGGUGGAAUUUCCCACCCGUAGACCUUAAACCCUAAUGUUGGCAGUUGACCGGACUCCCAAGACCGCAUUUUGUCGCGAAUAAUCCAGUGAGUGUGUAUUCACAGUGUACUAUAGGAACUAAUAGUCUACUAAUGGCCUGCGUGACAUCCUUGGACUGUCGGAACAAAUUGCUGAUAUGAUGACGGCAAGAUUGUCCCAGAACUGCCCUGAAGUUCCACCUACUUUUACUUUCUGGACAACACCGACGAAAGGCUGAAGGUCUUAUCGAACACCAUCAAACUCAGAAACUGGACAGCCAGAUUUGCGGAAAAAGCAACACAAAAUUGGAUCGUCGCACGGACAUCGCAUUUUCAAUGCAAGCGAACUCUGGCUCUUUUUUUUUUUUUUUUUUUUGCUGUGGAACACUGUCAUCAAGGAGUAAAAACAAAAACGUAAAGACUUUAGUUCUCUGAACGCCCUGCGUCUGCUUUUUUCACUUUUUAUGGCUACAUUAACCAUAUGUUUCAUGUGUAUUACAACAAUAUCAGAAUGUUAAGAUACAGCUUAACAUUUAUUUGUUCAGUUUUGUUUAAAAAUGUCUUUUGUACUUUUUUAUGCAUAUAAUCGAAACUGUGGAAAUACCAUUGAGCCAUUUUUGUCCACUUUUAAUUUGCUGAUCACAGCUACGCUCUUUUCUUUUAGUUUGCUUUUGCUUUAACGCUUAUAUGGAAGAAUUCUAGGAAUUCUUAAACCGUGUUACGUGCCAUGACAUCCGCACCAGCCAGCCGAGCAUAUCCUGCCUCCAGAAAGAAGGGGUAAAAUGUCAUAAAAGAAAGAGAAAUUUGAGAGUUGUCAGAAGACAUGCAGUAGACUAGCUGUCAAAGCCUUAGUCGAGAGUGAACGAUCGCAAACAACAAUAAGUAAUCACGAUAAGAAGAUUUAACGAUAUUAAAGAAGAUUUUAAGAUAUUUAAUGAUUGUGGCCACAGUGAAAUUUUAACUACGUCUUUGUGAAUCUAUACCGUUGUCAAGACUUAAUAUAUCAGGAAAUACAGCAGGAGCCAAAAUUGUUAGUACGUAGAGAAGGGCCUCAUUCAUGAAACACAAGCCAAACAAAUUUCUGUACAAAAUGUUUGUAAAAAAAAAAAAACAUAAAUUGUCGCUUUUAAACAGAUUUACACAAGAAUGGGUUUACAAGUAAUUUACUCAGAAAUUUGAACACUUGAAGGCUCUCAUUUAUGGGAAAUGAGUUGUACCAAUUUCUGUGUAAAUCGUAGAGUUGGGGUACCAUCUGUGAGUCCAAGUCAAGGGUCCAAUUUUAAUGGAUUUGGACUUGUCACGGACUCGGAUGCAUUUAUACUCGGACUUGACUUGGACUCGAGCCUUUGGGACUCUAGCCGAGUCUAGCCGAGUCCAUGGUAUUUGAUUUGUGAUGCAAUGAACAAAAUAAAUAAAUAAAAAUAACGAAAUGGAAAUAAAUGGACACUCCAUCUGCAAGCAGUUGUAAUACCCCCUGAUGUCGUAGACGUAGCCAGAGUUUGUUUCACCGUAUUGAGCAAACAAACCUGCAGAGCCACACACUCGGUCAACCAAUACGCUUGAAUGUUAUUACGGAGACUGCUGUAUAACAUCGAUUACCGAGGUGGCUGGCACAACGAACGGAUAAAGACAGGUAUGUAGCAAAUGUAAUAGAAACUACAAGGCAGUUUCGCACACAGCAUGGGACCUGACAGCUGGUAAAAUCGCACGCGGCAUUUGUGCAGCCAAGACGUGGUUUCGUCGUGGUUAAGAAGUUCAUUAAGUCAAGUCACCCUCAUCAUGUCUCUCACAGUUUACUAAAACUUAUUUUAUUAAAUAAAAAUUCAGAACAAUAUUAUUAAUAUUGGGCUAUUAAGUCUUUUUAGGCAUAAUGUAUCCACACGUAGGCAUCUGUAGUUUCUUGAGGUCCACGCAGUGUUGUCAGCUUGAACUGGCCCUUGAUGAAUUAACUGUAACUUUUUAAACAGUCGGGACAUUUUUUUUUAAUUGAUAAAGCAGACUGCAACUCUGAAAAACAGAUAAACAGCACCUAUUUAUUGUUUUUCUGUUUUAAAAGCAUUGAUGGGCUGCUUAAAAUAUGUUCUUUUUCCACAGUAAAAUGCACAAUGAAAUAUGAAGUUAUUUUGGGCAGCGAAAUGUUUUGUUUAUAAUUUAAUUAUAGAUUGGGUGACCAGACGUCCCGGUUUAUUACACAGGACAGUCCUGGUUUUUGGUAGGGUCACUGAUUAUUUUCUUUACAAAUUAAAUCUCCUCAUUGACAAUUGUGUUUUCUUAGUUGUGAAAGUUAAAAUAAGCUUAACAUAUUGAUGUUGAUUUUACGGUUUCAAUUUGAAUUCAGAUUUAUGAACGGAUUCAUUCGGACUCGACUCGGACUCGGCAUGUUAUGGAAUCGGUCUUGAGUCCGACUCGGCACCUUUUGGACUCGGACUCGAUUGUUUAAAGACUCGGACUCGACUAAGGUGGACUCGAACCCAACACUUGUAAAUCGUUCGUAAAACCAUUCUUGCGAAAAAUUUGUCACAAUGUGUCGCAAGAAGUUUCCACAACCGUAAUUAGUUCUGCUUGUAUUUCAUGAUUGAGGUCCAACAUUUGCAGACCCCUUUGUGCCUUAUUUUAGCAGAAUAUAAAGCCAUUUUAUGAGAUUGUAUCAUAGCAUUAUGAAUGUGUAGGCUAUCAAAACAGAUUUGUGUGAAACAUUUCUCUAAGCUAGGGAAAUAUGACUGAUUGGUUUUAUUGUAAUAGAUUAAUUGCUACCUACUUUUUGAAAAUACUUUUUAUACGAACCCUUUGCUUUAAUUUGCGUAUAGAAAGUUGUAGCGUUUCUGCUUGUGAGAUAUUGUACUUUAUUGAAAGUAUGGUGUGAUAAUAAUGGCAAACACUGUAUAUAUAGUACCCUCAAAGUCAUGCACCCAAAAAUGUUCCUUUAAUCAUUUAAAAUGGGAACACUCUGUGCCUUAAUUUCUUUCUCCCCAAGGAUAUUUCACUUAUUUCACAAGGAUGCCUCCCUUUUUCUCUUUCUUUUUGGAUGAAAUGAUCUUGGCUUGCAGAGGAGCAAAGGAUUUGAAAUGGCAUCUAUAAUUGAAUCUGAGAAGCAACUUUUUUAACAACUGAUUGUUGUUAGCAUGGACGGAACCAGUUAUGCUAGGGAAUGCUAGUAUACUAAGUGUUGUACAUAGCCUCACACUUCAAGAGUCGCCGGACACUCAAUUUCAGCUCGACCAUCUUCAUAACUUAAUUCGUCCGAGUGUUUAAAACAGCUUUCAUUUGCAAGAUUAGCGACUUUUGUUAUCUUUUUGGUUUUCGUUCAGAGAUUAGCUUUGGCUUCGAUGUAGUGUAAAUAAAACGUUUUGUAGUUGUUCGCCAGGUGUCAGCUGGUUUAGAGCAGAGGUUGGUAAAUUGCUCAGUGAAUGUAUGAUUAAUAGUUGGUUCAUGGAUCACUUCGUUGACUGAUCUAUUAAUUAGUAACGUUGGAUCAUAGGAUUAAAUACGCACAAAUAAUAGCCAUGCAUUUCUUUUGUUCUGAUUCUGUUUUAUUGCCUUAAAAUGUAUAUAACAUGGCUUGUGUACGCCUUUUCACUUUCAAUGUCGUCAGAUAAAAAUUUGCGCCAGGUUUGGAAACGUUUUAUGCAGUUUCGUGUUCACCACUUUCUUUAUAUCCAUCCAUAUCUCUCACGUUACUCUUUAUUUUAGAGUGGUUUCAUAAAGGUGCCUCGACAUUAGUAAUUUUUGACUGGAUAAGGUUAAAAAAAACGACACUUUAAUUUCCUUUGCCAUCAGUGCCAUUUGUUACAACAGUUUUAUAAUCUGUACAAUACUAAUACACAUAUUUCAUAGAACUCACUAACAGCAUUUAACUCACCCAGUGCCAAAAAUUGUCUACACAUACAAACACAUUUUAGGAUACCCUCCCCCAUCACCACUAAACUAUGCAUCCUUUAGAAAGAAAUUAUAGCACAUGCUUGAUGCUUGCGUAACGUGUUUAUGAGGUCUGUCGUUAAAUGCAGUAUCUUUGUUUGUUUUAUGUAUCAUUGUAUGUUUCUAUGCUUGUUUAUUUCUUUCUUUUCACCCGGCAUUGUAAAUGCUUACACAUGUACUACACUGCCUGGCCAAAAAGUCGCCAUUUGGAUUUAAAUAAGCAGAUACUUAAGACUAUGAUUGGAUCAUUAUUGCAGUGAUUAAUAAGUUUCAGCUGGCAAUAAUUAUUUUAACCCUAAAUGAUGCAGUGUGUAGCUUCUCAUUUCUUAAACAACCAUGUCGUUAGACAUAUCCCGUGGUUGUGGAAAAUAUGUUACUGUGUUUCAGAAGGGGCAUAUUAUUGGCCUGCAUCAAGCAAAGAAAAGUACUAAGGAGCUUUCUGAAAUCACUGGAAAUGGGUUAAGAAUUGUCCAAUGCAUUAUUAAAAACUGGAAGGGUAGUGGUGGACCAAGAGCUUUGCGGAAGAAAUGUGGUUUGAAAAAAAUCUUGAAUGAUCGUGAUCGGAGAUCACUAAAAUGCUUGAAGUCAUAUCGUAAAAAAUCGACAGUAGAACUCACGGCUAUGUUUAAUAGUGAAAGUAAGAGCAUUUUCACACGCACAAUGUGACAAGAAAUUACAGGAUUGGGACUAAACAGAUGUGUGGCCACAAGAAAGCCACUUGUUAGUGAGGCUAAUUGGAAAAAAAAAACACUUCAGUUUGCUAGGGAGCAUAAAGAUUGGACUGUGGUGCAAUGGGAAAAGAUCAUAUGGUCUGAUGAGUCCAGAUUUACCCUAUUCCAAAGCAAUGGGUGUGUCAGGGUAAGAAGGGAAGUGCAUGAAGCGAUGCACCCAUCAUGCAUAGUGCCCACUGUACAAGCCUCUGGAGGCAAUGUUAUGAUCUGGGGUUGCUUCAGUUGGUCAGGUCGAGGCUCAUCAAUGUUAAGCGGUAAUAAAAUGAGGUCAGCUGACUACCUGAAUG